UUUUCAAUCAGUGUUUUCAAAGGACAUUAACCAAUUUUAUUAUUGUUUAUAAUUACAAUAUAAUAUUUAUGUAGAGUUUUAAGAUCUAAUUCAUGAUGAGUUUGAUUUUCGCAACCACUAGAUUUGUGGCUGUGCAAUUUCUCCUUAAGUACAGGAAGCUACAGCAUAACAAUGUAGCGCUGCGAAAAAAUUUUCAGCAGAAAAUGCCAAUAUAUGGCUUUCUAAAAAAUGUCCCUAUGUUAAUGGGGGCACUAUUUUGGAAAUCACAAGCACAAAGCUCAGAUCCCAAAAAAACUGCUAUUUCUGCAACUCUAGAUCACGCUGAUCAAUUGUUUGAAAAUGGACAUAUAGAGGAAUGCUACCAAUAUUUGAAACACUGCCAGAGCAGUGAUGUAGAAAUACAGUGGAGACUGUGCCGGGCGAUGUAUAACAUGGCAAAGGAAUCAAAAUAUGAAAAAUCUUAUAAAAGGCAAUUAAUCUCUGAAGCAUAUCAUAUUAUAUCUCGUAUACUGGAAGACAAUUAUGAAAACUAUGCUGUACAUAAGUGGUAUGCGUUAUUGCUUGAUGCAGAAAGCACAGAAAUCGGCCUCAAGGAACGGAUCAAGCAACUUCAAAAUGUGAAGAAACAUAUGGAUAUGGCUGUUGUACACAAUCCCAAUGAUGCAACUACUUUAUACAUGCUAGGAGAAUGGUGUUAUCAAGUCAGUGAAAUGCCGUGGCAUCAAAGGAAAAUAGCAGAGACCUUCUUUGCAUCACCUCCUUAUUCUAGUUAUGAGGAAGCAUUGGAAUAUUUCCUUAAAGCAGAAUCAACUCGACCAAGAUUUUACAGUUUAAACUUGCUUAGAUUGGGGAACUGCUAUUUAAAAUUGAAAAAAGAAGAUCAAGCUAAAUAUUACUUGAAGCUUGCAGCUAGUUAUCCAGCUAAGACAAAUGACGAUCAUCAAGCAAAUAAAGAAGCUGCAGAAUUACUGAAGCAAUUAAAAUGACAGAUCACAAGUGAAUAUGCUAAUUUAAUGAUAUAGACUGAUAAUAUGGUCACGGGUCAUGGUUUAGGAGUUAUUAUUAUAAGUUCACUUGCCACUUUAGAGUGAUAGAGAGACACAAAGCAUUUAGUUGUCAAAGCAAUAGCAAUUGACACCUUGGCUAGGCCAGCAGUGUUGCUGAGUUUGUAAUGCUUUGUGUGAUCAAGUUGAUUCGUUCGGCCACCGCCGCCUAAAUUGACACAUUCAAUGCAUUUCCAAUAUUGAUGUUCAUUCAACAAGCAUCAUUUAGAAAAUUAUUGGAUUGAGAUUGAUAUUAAGAAGUGCAAAUGAAUACUAAACUUAUGGUGGGCUCAAAAUUACAAGCAAGUUUCCAAUAAAGAAAAUAAACACACAAGUGCACACAGAAGUGUUCUUUUUUUCUGGGAUUACUUAAGUGGUGAUUACAUAAAUAAGAUGUAAUUUUUUACUGUAUUUUUAUAAAUAAAUGAAAUAUUAUAUUAA